AUGGAUUUGGAUAAAGUUUGUUCGUUAUUAGAAACUGGAUUAAAAGAAAUAAAAUCACUGCGCAAUAAUUUUGAUGAUAUUCUUGCAAAAGCAAAAGCUCUUGCUAUAAAGUGGAAUAUAGUUCCAACUUUUAAACAAUCACAAAUAAAACGAACAAAAAAAAUGUUUGACGGUGAAGUAAAUUUUCGUUUAGAAACGGCUGAACAUCAAUUUAAAGUUGAUGUAUUUAACACAGUUAUAGAUAUUAUUACAAAUCAGAUAGAUUCUCGUUUUACUACUCUGAAAACACUUAAAGAUGUGGACAGUAUUUUGGAUUUGCUCAAAUUAAUAACAAUAACAUAUUGUGAUAUGAAUUGCUCUUUCACUGAAAUAAUCGGAGUACUUACGCUAUAUUUGACAUUACCCGUUAGCGUGGCAACUGCAGAAAGAUCUUUCAGAACGUUAAAAAGAAUCAAAACGCAUUUAAGGACAACGAUGGCACAAAACCUUUUGUCUGCGUUAAGUUUAUUAGCUUUUGAAGCAGAAGAAGCAGCUAAAUUAGAUUUAAAAGAUGCGAUAAACCAAUUUGUAGCUAUGAAGGCACGAAAAAAAAAAUUUCGUUAG